UAAAAAAGGCACCGAAUGUAACCAAAGCCGCUGACGCAUCCAUGGCAAAUGCGCCGAAUACAUAGUCGCCGCCUCACAAAAAAAAAACCUACUGAAACCGAAGGUCAAGAAGAUAUAACAGUACUGUAUAAAGAAAAUGACAAAAUGGUUAGAGCAUAAGUUGCUGCUUGAAUAACUUGACACAAUCGUACCCAUUGUAUGUGUCUUUAACUUGAGGCUUCCACAGAAACAGUUUGACAUUUGACUGUUGGUCAUCGAUUAUUGAGACGACACAGCUACAGGAGUUGGAGUAAAUUACUUUUAUCUGACAGGCUACAAAUACAAAGAUGACGAGUUCAGCAGUCUUCGAAAAUGAUCGCCUUGAUGAAGUCAUCCAAAAAGCAAAAGAUUUUGCGCUUACCCAUGGUCUUAUUAAGCCACUUGAAGCCGGUGCUGUUAGCAGUGCUGUUACUCAUAUCUCGUUUUUGCUUGCGCCGUUACCUAUACCUCGGCACCUUUUCGAGAAAAUGCAAAGAGUUCAACUUGAUUUUAACAAAUUGAUGUACAAUGUUAGCCAAGAUUAUGAAUUUAUAUGUAACGCAUUGAAAAGUUCACUUAACUAUGAUGAGUUUACAAGAGAUUUAGUUGAGAUAUAUCAUAAAGUUCAUCAAAAAAAAAUUAAAGACAGAGGAAUGCUCGAGAUAUUAAGAUGCGAUUACAUGCUUGAUAGCAAGAAUAAUGAAGAACAAUUUAAGCAGAUUGAAAUUAAUAUGAUUGCUGCUGGAAUGGCUUCAACGUCAGCGAUACUAACACAUCUUCAUAGAUAUACCCUAAGAUUAUCGGGGAACUACGAAGGAGCGAACCAAGUUCCAGACAACCUGAGUCUUGAGGGAGUAGCCACUGCUCUUGUACGCGCUUGGGAAGUGUAUGGCCAGCCAAAUGCUUCGAUCUUGCUAGUUGCCGAGCCGACAGAUGUGUGCUGCUACAAUCAUCGUCAUAUCGAGUUUAGCGUUCAUGAAAUUAAUCCGCAAAUAUCAUUUAUGAGGACGAGUCUUGGAGAUAUUGGAAAGCGCGCCAGCCUGGCAGACGAUCAGCAACUAAUAAUGGAUGGAAUUGAAAUAGCUGUUGUGUAUUACCGUACGGGUUAUAAACCAGCGUUUUACAAGAGUAAAGUGGAAUGGAAUGGCAGAUUUAUAGCUGAGCAGUCAUGCGCUAUAAAGUGCCCAUCAAUAGGUGGUCAUUUGGCGGGAACGAAAACAGUUCAGCAAGCACUUUCUGAACCAGGUGUCAUUGAAAGGUACAUUGAUGACCCGGAAGCAGUUGUUCGGAUUCGCAAUACAUUCUGUAAAUUAUAUUCACUUGAUCUAGGACCAAAAGGAGACCAUGCUGUGGAUAUUGCUAUUAAUAAUCGAGAAAAGUUUGUUCUUAAACCAAACAGAGAAGCUGGAGGUAACAACCUGUUUGGAAAUGAAAUUUUCAAAAAGCUGACCGAAUUUAAGGACUCACCAGAACGCACAAAAUAUAUUCUGAUGGAAAAGAUAGUGCCAGUAAAGGUCAAAGGGUAUUUAGUAAAACAGUUGAAACCAGCAGUAACUUUACAGGAGUUGAGCUAUGAACUCGGCAUUUUUGGAGCUGUAGUGGGUAACAACAAUGGAAUAGUCCAUAACCGGCAAAUAGGACAUCUUCUGCGCACCAAGCCUGCCGAAGCAAAUGAAGGAUCAUUAUUGGCAGAAACUGCCGUGAUGGAUUCUCCUUUUCUGACCUCAUGAAUACUUCAGUCAUAUGAAUUAGCCUAUCUGGGAAAGAUUUAUUUUUAAAGAAUAGCUUCUUAAACAUAUUUUCUUCGGUAAAAUCUGUUACAGAGAUCGAAUAUUUCAGUAAAACACACAUGAAUAUAACUCAGCUAAAUGGAUUUUUACAACGCCAAAUCCUUAUUUAUUGAAUGCCAAUUUAGGGGUCUGAUUAAAGCAUAUAAACUGUAUUACUUCGCCUUUAAGCAAGGAAAAUAUUAGGCAGAAUAUCUUUGAUCAGACGAUAUUAUUGCAGAUGAAUACCUUAAGCUAAAAUAAUAAUGGACCUUUCCACUAAGCCCCAAUCCAAUCCAAUCCAAUCUUCGAUUUAUAUAUUGUUGUUGUUAUUGUAUAUUGUUGCUAAGGUCUCACAAAAAGACAGUAGGUAG